AUGUCAAGGGUUGAAUCAAGAUCUGAAGUCAGCAGAGAUUUAUCAAGAGCUUUAACAAAUGCUGACAGUGUGGAACAAGAUGCAUUAAAAGAUACUUCACCAUUGCCUCCAAUGGGUCUUAACAAAGUGAUACCUACAGAUUAUCCAGACAAAGAACCAUACACAGUGUCAUAUAACGGAGCUGACGAUCCAUUACAUCCUCAUAAUUGGCCAGUGAUGAAAAAAUUAAUCACUUGUGCAAUCAUUGGUUUUAAUACUGGUUGUAUUGCUUGGGGUUCUUCAAUUUUCUCAGCAGCUACCAUAGUUGUCGCUAGACAAUAUCAUGUUGGUAAUGUUGUCUCAACAUUAGGUACUUCUUUAUAUGUUUUGGGUUUUGCUACUGGUCCUGUUAUUUGGGCCCCAUUAUCAGAAUUGUACGGUAGAAGAAUGAUUUUGAUUUUAAGUUGUCUUGGGUUUACAUUAUUCCAAUUUGCCAUUGCCACUGCUGAAAAUUUACAAACAAUAUUGAUUUGUAGAUUUUUCGGUGGUACUAUUGGUGCAGCUCCUUUAGUUGUUGUUCCUGCUUCAUUUGCUGAUUUGUUCAAUGCUAAUUCAAGAGGUAAAGCUAUCACCAUUUUUUCAAUGACUGUUUUCUGUCUACCUAUUAUUGCUCCAGUUGCUGGUUCUUUUAUCGUUUACAGUUAUUUGGGUUGGAGAUGGACUGAAUAUGUUACUGGUAUCAUGGGUGCUGCUGGUGUUGUUUUAAUUACAUUUUUCUAUGAAGAAACUCAUCAUCCAAUCAUUUUGGUCAACAAAGCUAGAGAAUUAAAACAAAGAACUGGUAAUUGGUUGAUCCAUGCUCCUCAUGAUGAAUUCUCUUUAUCUUUCAAAGAUAUUGUGGAAAAGAAUUUAACAAGACCAAUUUUUAUGUUGUUUACUGAACCAAUCAUUUUCUUAAUUACCAUCUAUAAUGCUUUCAUCUAUGGUAUCUUAUACUUGUUGUUAUCUGCUUAUCCUAUCAUUUUUGCUGAAGGUUACAAAAUGAAAGGUGGUGUUGCAGAAUUACCAUAUCUUGGUGUUGCAUUAGGUAUGGUUUUCGGUGGUUGUUAUUGUUAUGCUAUGGAAGGACGUUAUAUCAAAGCUAUGAACGCAAACGGUGGUAAACCAGUCCCAGAAGCUAGAUUGUACCCAAUGUUUGCAGGUGCUAUCUUAUUCCCAGUUGGUAUCUUUUGGUUAACAUGGACUGGUAAUUAUCAUAACAAAGUUCAUUGGAUGGCACCAACUGCUUCAGGUGUUUUCACUGGUUUUGGUUUGAUUACAAUUUUCAAUUCAUCAAUCAACUAUAUCAUUGAUUCUUAUUUGAUCUUUGCUGCUUCUGCUAUGGCCGCUAAUGCAUUUUUAAGAGCUGCAUUUGCAUGUGCUUUCCCAUUGUUUUCUGUUGCAAUGUUCCAUAACAUGGGUACAAACUGGGCUGGUUUGUUAUUAGCUUGUGUCGGGUUUGUUUUGAUUCCUGUUCCAUUCUUGUUUUUCAGAUUUGGUAAAAAGAUUAGAGGCAAAUCCAAAUAUGCUUUCGUUUUAUCAUAA